GGUAACGUGGGUAUCUUCGUUGCAAAAACCCGCUUUUAAAAGCACUAGCACUAUUCGUCAAAUAAUCUUAUUACAUAAAAAAUCAUGUCUUCUCUUCUUAAAUGAACAUUGGCAAUUGAUAGAUACAACCUUGGUUUACUACCAGAGUGAGGCAGAUCUUCCAAAACUCUCCUUUUCCCAUCAUUUAAUGAGGUUGGUUUUCAAUCUCUUAAGUUUCUCUUACCUCUUUGUUUGGUUCCCGAGAAACCCUGAAGAAAAUUUUGGUGGGCUUUGGCUUAUUUUAACUGAGAUCAUUAUAUCUGCCUCCUUAUAGUCGUUUUAAUUUGAGGCUGUAUAGUCUAACGAUUUCGCUCAUAUUGAUUCUUUUACACUUGGGAUAACUUAGUCCUUUGAAUCGCUGUAGGUGGGUUCAUUUUGAUGCCAAAAGUUAAAGCUUGGUUUCUGCGAUUUUUACAUUGAAGUUUUGAAAAUGGGUACUUAUGUAUGCUUUUUUAACAGUUAAUCUUCGGGGGAAUUUGCCUUGAAUUAGUGAAAAUGAGUGUGCUGGGGUUUGAUAUUGGAAAUGAGAAUUGUGUGAUUGCCGUUGUAAAGGAACGUGGGGUUGAUGUUUUGUUGAAUGAUGAAUCAAAGCGUGAGACUCUGGCUGUGGUGUCAUUUAGUGAGAAGCAGAGGUUACUGGGCUCAGCUGGAGCUGCUUCUGCUUUGAUGAACCCAAGAUCAACAAUUUCUCAGGUUAAGAGAUUGAUUGGUAGGAAAUUUAGGGAAGUUGAUGUGCAAAAGGACCUAAAACUUUUACCUUUUGAAACUUGUGAUAGUUGUGAUGGCGGAAUUUUGAUUAGGUUGGAGUACUUGGGGGAAACUCAUAUGUUUACUCCAGUUCAAUUAUUAGGAAUGCUGCUUUCAAAUUUGAAGCAAAUAGCGGCGAAGAAUACACAUAUGCCUGCAUCAGAUUGUGUGAUUGGUAUACCGUGCUACUUCACAGAUCAGCAGAGACGUGCUUAUCUGGAUGCAGCAACAAUUGCUGGGUUGAAGCCAUUGAGAUUGAUGCAUGACUGUACCGCCACUGCCCUUGGAUAUGGUAUUUACAAGGCUGAUUUUCCCAACACAGAUCCAACUUAUGUUGUUUUUGUUGACAUUGGUCAUUGUGACAGUCAGGUUUGCAUUGCAUCAUUUGAGAGUGGGCAAAUGAAGAUACUUUCUCAUGCUUUUGACAGUAGCUUGGGAGGGAGAGACUUCGAUGAGGUUUUGUUUAGUUAUUUUGCGGCACAGUUCAAGGAACAGUAUAACAUAGAUGUUUAUACAAAUAUCAAGGCAACCAUUCGGCUGAGGGCAUAUUGUGAGAAAAUGAAGAAGGUCUUGAGUGCAAAUGCAGGAGCACCAUUAAAUAUAGAGUGCUUGAUGAAUGGGAAAGAUGUUAAUGGCUUUAUUAAGAGGGAAGAGUUUGAGAAGCUGUCUUCAGUUUUGCUGGAGAGGAUAAGAAUUCCAUGUCAGAAGGCUUUGGCUGAUUCUCAUCUGUCUGUGGACAAAAUCCAUUCGGUUGAGCUUGUUGGUUCAGGUUCUCGGAUACCUUCUAUUACUAGGAUGCUAGCUUCACUGUUCAAUAGGGAGCCAAGCAGGACAAUAAAUGCUAGUGAGUGUGUGGCUCGUGGUUGUGCUCUUCAGUGUGCAAUGCUGAGUUCCGUAUUUCGUGUUAGAGAGUAUGAGGUUCAAGAUUCAUUCCCUUUCUCCAUUGGAUUCUCUUCUGAUAAAGGUCCAAUUUGCACAGAGUCAAAUGCUACACUUUUCUGCAAAGGCCAACCAUUUCCCAGUCUUAAGAUACUUACUUUUAAUAGGACUAAUGACUUCCAUCUAGAAGCCUUCUAUGUAGAUCAACAUGGAUUACCAUCUGGCGUAUCUCCUCAAAUCAGUAGUUGUAUGAUCGGGCCUUUCCAAACUUCUCAUAAUGAAACAGCUAAAGUAAAGGUCAAAGUACUGCUAGAUCUUCAUGGGGUGGUGAAUAUACAGUCAGCAUCUUUAAUAGAAGAAUACUUGGAUGUUGUUGAGACGAGGAGAGAUGCUCAUUCACCUUCAGAAGUAGAGGCCAAACUUGAUGAUGUGCCUGCAGAAGGAAGUGAUACUGAAAUAAAUAAAGUGAGAAAUGGCAAAGUCAUCAAAAGGCUUGAUAUUCCAAUUCAUCAGAGCUGCUAUGGUGGAAUAACUAAGAGUGAGCUUAUGGAAUCCGUUGAGAAAGAAAAUCAGUUGGCCCAACAGGAUUUGAAGAUGGAGCGAACCAAAGAUAAGAAAAAUGCCCUGGAGUCCUAUGUCUAUGAGAUGCGUGAUAAGAUUCUGAGUAUGUACCAGAGUUUUGCUUCUGUGGAAGACAGGGAAGAAAUCUCUAGAAUUCUUCAAGAAACUGAGGACUGGCUUUAUGAGGAUGGAGUUGAUGAAUCUGAAAAUAUUUAUGUUGAGAAACUAAAGGAUCUUAAAAAGUUUGUUGAUCCUAUUGAAAAUCGAUACAAAGAGGAAGGGGCCAGAGCACAAGCAACUGGGGAUCUCCUGAGGUGUUCAUCGGAUUACAGGAAGGUUGUAGGAUCACUUCCAUCUAAUGUGAGAGAUGCGUAUGCCUUCUCUCCUUUUCAGAUCAUUGAUGAGUGCAAUAAAGCAGAGCAGUGGCUACAAGAGAAAACCAGACAGCAGGACUUGCUACCAAAGGAUGCUGAUCCAAUAUUAUGGUCAAGUGAAAUCAUGAGAAAAUCAGAGGCACUUGACUUGCGAUCCACAGGAUCUCAGCUCACCUUGUUGACAACUGGACCCAUAACAUUCAACUCACCCUUUAAGCUUACUGUUACCGGACUUGCAAAUACAUGAUGAGAUCCAACCCAUCUCCCUCAGAAAGAGAAGAUUCAAAAGACUUGGAGGCAGACAUGCAGUUAGAUUGAUGUGGCUUUGCAUAGAUUUGUGACAUUAAAGACCAACAGCAGGAGGAAACCUCACCUUGUUUGAAUUACAUAGAUUUUCACUGACCCAUUCAAAAUUUUGUUAACUCUUAUUCAUUUGUAUAAUCUCAGACUUUAAGUAGCAGUAUGAACAUCUUUCCACAAGGUGAAUGCCAGUUUCCGUUAUUUCCUACCCAGUCUUCACUAUAUUGUCUGAUGAUUAUUUGGUACUAUGAUAAUGAUCAGGUAUGACCAUUGUGUUCCUCUAA